UGUUCAAAAUAUUCGAGGCUUGUCCAGAGAUGCACGCCCUUUCGUGAUGAAAGCUGCGAAAUGUUGUUGUCGGGUUCCUCGAUAAGGGUGUUGCUGACAAUAUAACGUCAAAAAGCAAUGCCAAAUGAAUCUGUAUGUAUUAUUGUACCAAGUAUUUGGGUAAUUUUAUAAAUAAUACCGCGGAUGAUUAAUAUAUCUGGGCUUGAAUCAUUAAUUUGCUCGUUCGUGCUUUCACUAAAUCACACAUAUCAACUCAUAUCAUACUUCCUUCACUCGCUGGUCAUUCAACACCUUUCAAAGACCAACAUAGAUCGCUCGAGUCCUUUUCAUAAAGACCCAUCAUGACAGUCGUACAAACACGGAGUGAGCCUGCGAAUCAUGGGUCGUCCGUAGCAUAUCUAGGACCUCCUGCCUCAUAUUCUCAUCAAGCUACUACAUCCCUUUUCCCCGGAAAAGAAUGGUCGUUAGUGCCUACGGCUACGAUCAAAGGCGUGUUCGACAUGGUCCAGUCAGGCAACGCAGCAUACGGCGUGGUUCCCUUUGAGAACUCGACCCACGGCGUCGUGACCUUCACACUCGACAGCCUGGGUGACCGCGCCGGCGAGUUUGCCGACGUCAGCGUCUGCGGCGAGGUCUAUCUGGACGUGCAGCAUUUUCUCCUGGGCCGGAGGGACCCCACAGCCGACGACCCAAACAGCCUCGCGCACAUCCGCCACGUCUACUCGCAUCCGCAGGCAUUUGGCCAGACCCAGGGCUUCACAUCGACCCGCCUCGCGCACGCCGAGCUCGUCGACGUCAGCUCCACCAGUCGCGGCGCCGAGAUGGCCGCCGCGGAUGCCUCGAGGACCAGCGCCGCCGUCGCGAGCGAGAUGGCUGCUGCAGCCACGGGACUUGACAUCCUGGCCCGCAGCAUCCAGGACCGCGGGGACAAUACGACUCGCUUCCUGGUCCUUCGGAGGGGUCGGCCAUCGGUAGCAAGGCAAGAUGCCUCGUUCGCUGUCGCAGCUGCCGCCGCCACCAAGUCCCUCGUGUCCUUCACCGUCCCGCAUCGGUGCCCCGGAGCCCUCGCCGAGGUCCUGCAGUGCUUCCAGCGCCAUGGCCUGGACCUUACCAGCAUCAACAGCCUGCCCAGCCUGAUUCAGCCGUUUCAGUACCUCUUUUUCGUCGAGUUUGAGGCCGCAGAUCGUGCAGAGAGCAGCAUAGCUGUCGUGCUGGAGGAUGUGGCGCGGGUGGCACAGAGCUCACGCUGGUUAGGGAGCUGGGGGAGCAAGCGGUAGGCUGGUACAUUUUAUGACCAAACAUAGAGAAAACUGUCAAAACAACUGCAAAGGGCAAUCGAAGGGGGAAUAUACAUAACCCGUCAGGCUAUAACCAAAAAUAGAGGGGAUACAUAUUGAUCGGAUAGACAUGACUACGCAAAUUAUGGCAAAACCACCCAAUAGUAAAAGGAACUGAUACCGGUACCCUGAUGAAAACCAGGAACUUUGGACCAUUAGGUUUAUGCAGUCUCAAUCUCUACAGCAACAACCACCAUAUCUAAAUCUCUAUGGUGCC